AUGGGUCAAAUCAUCAGCGCAAUAGGCAGAGGUAUCAUGGCCGUCAUCAGCGCCAUCGCUAAUGUCAUCAUGGCUAUCGUGGGAGGUAUCACCACCGUUUUACUCGCUAUCUGGGACUGUGAGUCAUACCGUUUUCAUGAUCUUCUCAUCCCACACCUCCAUUCCAAAUUCCUCGGUAUGGGACGACCGCCUCAUCCCGCCUUUCCAUCACGCGCAUGCCUUUCACCCCUCCCUGCCACUAUUCGGGAAGAAUUCACAACAUCCUCACGAUGA